GGAGACAGGCAGUCACGAUAUCCUCGAAAAGAAAAAAAGGGGAGAAAAGAAAAAAAAGGCAACCACCUGAAGCGUCCGUUGGGUCCAGGAAUUACGUCGAGCACGACGCGGCGCCCAGCUGUACCGUCUGACCAGUAGGCCCCACCUCCCCGCCGUCGACAUGCACCCGCCGGCCGCCGCCGGAGGAGACCACGCCACGGCGGCGCCGGCCCCCGCGACCGGCGCAGCCGCAGCAACAGCGUCGGACUACGCGCACUACCCGAGGCUCUCGCCGGAGGACGUGGCCCCGCCCCCCCCUCCGUCCUACCACGCUGCCGCCUCCUCCGCGCCGCCCUACUCGGGCAACCCCUACGUCUCCUCACCCGCCGGCGGCGUCGCGCCCGCCUCCAAGAAUACAAUGGAUACGGUGAAGGAUGUUCUCGGCAAGAUGGGGAAGAGGUUUGGAGAGGCGGCUCGCAAGACGGAGACCCUCACCGGCAACUUCUGGCAACACUUGAAAACUGGACCAAGCAUUACAGAUGCAGCAAUGGGCAGGGUUUCCCAGAUCACCAAAGUCAUAGCAGAAGGUGGAUAUGAUAAAAUCUUCCAUCAAACAUUUGAUGUCCUCCCUGACGAGAAACUGAAGAAACCAUAUGCAUGUUAUCUGUCAACCUCUGCUGGUCCUGUCAUGGGUGUGCUAUACCUGUCCAAUAAAAAGCUGGCAUUCUGUAGCGAUAAUCCACUUGCUUACAAGGUUGGAGACAAAGAUGAGUGGAGCUACUAUAAGGUUGUCAUUCCCCACACCCAACUGAGAUCAGUGAAUCCUUCAACGAGCAGAACAAAUGCAUCUGAGAAAUACAUCCAGGUGGUUUCCGUUGAUAAUCAUGAGUUCUGGUUCAUGGGCUUCGUGUACUAUGACAGCGCCGUAAAGAAUCUGCAGGAAGCACUUCAGGAGGCUCAGAAUCUACGAGCUUAGUGAUGUCCAUAGAUUGGGGAUAGCAAGCCCAACAUAUUACAGUUUGUGAUAUACUCUGUGUUUCAUCAAAUUGGCAGUCGUCUGUAUUUUGUUGGAUAGGUGUUGGCAUUUCUUGCAAUGUGUACCGACUUGAAACGGUUUUUGAUAUGUGACAUCAUGAUCUCUCGAUAGUUACUCUCUGUUGUUGUCCGACUGGAUUUCAUUUGGCUUCCUGCAAUAUCAAACGAGUGUCUGUUCUGACGUUC